CAACCCUCCCCCCGAAGGAAAAAUACAUUCAGAAUCGACUUCGACAUGACCCCCACUAGCCCCAAACCGCUCAGCCAACCACGACUGCUGCUGAGCACCACCAUUGCGCUUCUAAUGAGAUGCACUUCAACUGGAACGUUCUACCACCCACCUGGGGGCACCAGGAGCAUAACCUGCGACCCUGUUCUUUGCCCGCACGCCUGCCGACGCUGUCCCCCCUCGUUCCGCAUCCCGCGAAUGCUCUCGCGCUGCUGCGAAGCGCAAACCUGUUCCGCGAUGAUGCCCUGGACCAGUGCGCAGCACAGCAGCAUCGCAGGCAUGUCCAUUUCGAUCGGCAGCAGCAGCUCGUGCCCUUCCCCGUCGGGGUAAAGGUCACGAAAGCAAGCUGGCGGGUGAGGCCACUGGGACAGAAUCAGCUCGGCGCGGAGGGUCCAUUCUUCAUUUCCAAGCAGUUGCACGACGUAGGGUACGCUCUGUCCGAUGGGCACGGGGCUAUUCUCUCUGACUAUACACGCCUGCUGGCUACGCCCUGUUACCUAGCAAAGUCCCGAUGUGGGGUUGUUCUUGUUGUGAAGGACGGACUGGAAUAUGUGACGAUGCAUUCAGCCCCGCCGCGGCAUGGACCCUGCCAUCGACACACCCACCAGCGUAUCACCUCUUAUCAGUCAUGCUCGAGUAUGCUAUGUGCACAUGUAUGGUGCUCAGACUUGUAUGAAUCUAGCCAUUAACCCUGCCUUCAUAGAGUGCCUCUGUAGAGUGCCGCUGCACCUCUGGGAUUGGUCCCAGUGAGCGCAGGCGGUUGCAACAAUCGCAUCAGAUCAAUGGAAGUCAGGAAGAGGCGUCAGGCAGCCAUUCUUUCGGUGCAACCCGGCUGUACUGUACUGCCAUAUCCAACCAACCACAC